GGGCGAGGCCGGAUAGGUUAUUGGUGGAGAGUAUUGGAUGGGUGUGGUGGGCUUUUCGAAGAGAGUUUGGUGGUGGGCUGAAAUGGGAGAAAUAUAAGGUUCAUAUAGAAUUAGGAAUAGGCGGAGGUGUGGGUGAUGCCGAAUGAAAAUGAAUCUCGCGCCCGUCAUCCCUUCCACCGUCAUAUCCGUUCCACUCAAAUUCUCAACACCUCUUUCUUCACGCUUCCUCCCCACAAUUCCGAAACCGUUGAGAACCAGUACCCGUUUUCAGAUAUCAAAUUCCAAAAUAAUUCCGGCACGGGAUAGAGUCAUAGACUUGGGGAAAUACAAAGGAAAGAUGCUGGGAAGCCUUCCAUCGAACUACCUCAAGUGGGUGUCGAAGAAUCUGAGAGCGGGCGACACGGAAGAGUGGGCGAAGCUUGCGGAUGAAGUGCUGAGGGACCCGGUUUACGGAGACCGAAUGGAGUGGGAGUUGGCGGAGAAGAUCCUAAAUGGAAACGGGGCGAGCCCUAAUUUGAGGGGGAGGGGGAGGGGGAACGCGGUGUCUGAGUUGGUGGAAUUGAGCGAGAGAUUUGGGUGGGACAAUGAAGAUAAGGAAGGGUGGAGGAAGAUUGAUUUUGGGUUGCUGGGGACGUCAAAGGGUGGGAGAAUUCCCCGAGUGGGAGCGUGUGUUGAGGUUGGGAGUGUGAAGAAGAAGGAAAAGAAAAUGGUAGUGGAGGGAGAGAGAAGAAGGGAGAGGAGAGAGAGGAUGAGGGAGCGGAGAAUGGUAGGAGGAAGAGUGGAAGAGAGAAAUAUUAAUGGUGAAGGUGAAGGUGAGGAGAGGGCAGACGGGGGGAGUGGGAGUCCAUUUCCGGGAAGGGAAGCGCUUCUGAGAAAGGUUGUUAAUCGAAGAUUGUAGGUUGGAAGUGUGGAAUAUGGAAAUUGUUGAUGUUUCUUGUGUUGUUGUAUUUCUUAGAGAUGAGAAUUGAGAGAGGGAUGAGUGGUGUGUUCAGUCCCAGUCCCACAUCAACAAUUUCUUUCUUAUAUUAAUACAAGAUGAAGGUGAAUUGAUGAUGA